AUGCAAAUCACACCGAUUGACCCCGACGUUUUCGAGGAGGUAGUCUCGACGCUGAAACAAUUUAACGACACACUUAAGGUCUACCAACAUGACUCAUUUUUGCAGAAAUACGUCAACUCCAAAAUAACAAAGCAGCAAUAUCAAGACAACGAACAUCUCCCAGUGCUAAGCGAAAAGCGCGCGGAGCUUGAAAAAAUCGAGAACGUCAUAUUACUCUUGAAAUCCACGCAACAAGUCAUUAAGAAGACAAAGGAGGUAUUAAACGACUUUGUAACUAUCGAGGAGCGCUUCUGUGCGUCGUCGAAGGAAAAGUUCAACACCGAGCUCGACAAUGCAUGCAAAGCACUUUCGACCAUCCACAAACAUAAUCCGAAGACAAAAACCCAAAUCGUCGACACCCUCAAACUUAUGAAGUUUGUCGCACCAAAGAAAAUAGUCCCGACACUCCGUGACAGAGAAAUCCUUUCACCGACAUUUUCAACCGAACUAUACGAUAAAGAGAAAACGUCUGCUCGAGAACUCUCCCUUUCAAGUCUCCCAGUUGUCACUCUAAAGACUGGAAGAACAAAAAAGACAAGCGACGGUGAUUCACCAGAACCGACAACAAGUCGUACACCAAGAAAAUACUCGAACCCCGUUGUCGGGUCUCUCGUAGUCACUGGAAGGAAGAGAAGUUCGUCGAAUGGGUCUUCGCCGUUGUCGGAAGACAUCUUGGAGUUGGAUCGAUUUAUGAAAGUGUUAAAGGAGUGGGCGGGCGCAAAGAGUGUGACGAAAGUGUUUGAGUGUGAUACGCAAAAUGCAUUUCAUCGUGAAGAAUGGAACAAAAGAGUAGUUGGAGAUACCCCGUUUUAUACAGUGUUUUACACCGAGUCACAUUUGUUUGGGUUUUUCUUCUCAGGCGGAGUUACUGCGACAGAACGGUACUUCCCUGAUACCCGCCACUUUGCAUUCAAAUUGCAAUGCAAAAGUGGAUGUGAGCCGACGAAGUGGUCAUUGAAGAAAGGGAAAGAAAGGUAUGUGUUGAGUGUAGAAGGAGAGAGGAAUGAGUUGUUGAUGAGGGUGGGAUAUAAAGAACACGUUGCGAUAGGCAAAAUUGGGGAAUUAAAAAGUGAAUGUGUGGGGGUGUAUGAGAAUUAUGUUGAUAUGAAAGAAAACUCACUGACAGGAAAUGAGUGCACAAAAUUCAAAAUUGUGAAACUUGUGGUUGUUAGCGUUGAAACGUGA